GUAACGUGCAUAUCAUGAUAUUGAAGAUGUGACGAUCACGUUUCUUUCUGCUUCUUUGGACAUGGACGAUGAACUUCUACGGUACAACCAGAGGAAAUACGACGAUUUUCUCGCAAAAAUCCGAAUCAAUGAUGUCCCGCUUUCAUCCAAGGAGCUUUCUGAAUUAGAAACAGAUAUAUUGGCCACACGCGACGAUCUUCAGCGUUGCGAAAAGGACGAUAUUCGAGCUGUUCUGCCCAUGAUUUUGGAAUGUCAAGAAUCGCUCCUUUCCCCCAUCCGAAAACUUCCAUCAGAGAUAUUAGGAGCCAUCUUUCGCCUCAUCGCAGGGGUUAUAACAGAGUCGCCUCUGCAUUCGGAUGUCGAUGUGUCCAACUUUGGGAUUUCUUUAUCUUUUCGAAAUCAAAAGUUUGUCGGGCGUGUUUUUCCUUUAACUUGGGUUUGCUCCUGGUGGAGAAGUCAAGCUCUAACACAACCUGAGCUAUGGUCCUCUAUAGAUCUCGGGAAUUCCCAUGGGAACAACGAUGCGACUCGGAGGGAGGAAGGGCUCACGACAGUUGAAAGGUUGAAAUAUAUCCUUCGACGUUCAGGCACUUCUUGUCCUAUGGACUUUCGACUGGACAUAUCGACGGUGACGAACCUCCAUGAUACGCUGCCAUUUGUAGCCAUUUCCUCUACUAUUCCCCUUGAUCACAUUCAAUACAGCGUCAUGGAGGUUUUGACGGAUUGGACAAAUAGAUGGAGGUCUUUCACAUUUCACACUGACUCCCCGGAAAAUUUUGAGACCUUCUAUGGAAUAUUGGCUACUAAGCUAGUAUCCACCCAAUUUCCCUUUCUUGUAAAAUUAAAUCUCGGCUCCGGAUUUAAUUUGAGUAACGAACUGCCAGCAGUCAGAUCGGUCAGGACCAAGUUCUCUUCUUCAUGUCCCCGCCUUCGUUCCCUGGUAAUCUCUUCUCUCGCGUCCACCGAUCUGAUAGAUCUAAAAAAUCUGACCGUCCUGGAACUCCACAAUUACAGUGGCUCCUCGUUUGCAUAUUUGCUAUAUCACUGCCCACUACUCGAAUCUUUGGCGGUGGGGUUUUUCUUAUAAACUUGAAAAUCAAGGGUAUAGGCGAAGAUUUCGCAUCUGGUGCUUGGGAUCUUAUUCAUCUACCUAAUCUGACCCAUGUGGCGGUCAGCUUCUGGCUUCGAAUGAGCGACAACGCCUUGAACGAACUGGGAGAAAUGUUGAUUCGUUCCAAUUGUGCCUUGCGCAAAGUUCAGCUUUUAUGGGACUCCUUUUACAUUUCCGAAUAUAGCUAUCUCGAGAAAUUUCUCUAUGAGAUCCCCUUUAAUCCAGAGUGUGAAUACUAUAUAAAUGAAGGACGGUAUCCCAGAACGCAUUGAAUGCUAGGUUGAAUAGGAGAGGUCGCACAGAAUAGUAAUUUCGAUACAUGUUGUCAUUUAUGUUUUUGCCACAUACCUAGCUACAGCAAUGUACUACUAUCAAUCCCUUUGGCGUCAUUCACUUGGUUUUAUUAGAGAUACUUAUUUAUUUUGGAGACAUAUAGCUGUGGUUGAUGAAAAAGACAUCCCGUACCCCUC